AUGUUGCUGCAUGAUGUUAAAGAUUCUAUGAAGUAUAAAUAUCUUCUAAGAAUUCCUACUUGUCCGCGACACAUGUAUAUUAAUAUUGAGGAUAUCCAUUUUAGUGGAAAAAAUAUGUGCGGGAAAUUUUGUAGUUUGUUAGUUGCAGUAAGAUGUGUAAGGUCUACUAAAUUGAUAAAAACCAAAAUUGGCAGAGAAGUGUUUUUAAAAGAAAUUAUUGUCAUGGACAAAACACACCCAACACUUGCUGUAAGAAUUUGGGAUAGGGAAUUAUCAGAAAGAGCUGCUCAAUGGAUACCAAAAAAAACAAUCUUAGCUUUGUCAAAUGUUUACUUGGAAUGGAAUAAUUUUAAAAGAAGCAUGACAGCUGUAGUUUCUAAUAAAACAAUUAUAACCGAGGAUCCAAUUACAGAAGAAGCAAAUGAUUUAAAAAUUUACACAAAUUCACAUUCAAUCGGACUAUUUACUAAAAUAAAUAUUAAUAUUCCCAAUUUAUCAACUAUAACAGAAACUAUGACUUGCAAACGAAUUUUAGUUAAGUCUAAUGAAAUUAGUAGUCAAUUUACAGCAAUCGUAUAUGCAAUUGUGAGCAAAUUUAACAUCGAUGGAUUAUCUCCGUUGGUUCUAACUAAGUGGUAA